CCUACCAUUCUCACUGCACAUGCGCGGCUCAGGGAGCGUGCAGUGCGGCGAUCACCGGGGACAUGUACACUGAUUAUCAGGGCACUGAUUAUCAGUGUGCCCUGAUGAUUAGUGUGGCCCCAGAAGUGCCACCUGUCAGUGCUCAUCAGUGCCACGUGCCAGUGCCCAUCAGUGCCACAUCAAUGCCACAUAUCAGUGCAUACCAGUGCACAUCAAUGCCACAUAUCAGUGCCCAUCUGAGCUGCCUUUCAAUGUCACCCAUCAGUGCCAGUCAGUGCCACCUAUCAAUGCCAAUCAGUGCCACCUAUCAGUGCUGCCAAUCAGUGCCACCUAUCAGUGCCAGUCAGUGUCGCCUAUCAGUGCACAUCAGUGCCAGUCAUUGCCGCCUAACAGUGCCAGUCAGUGCCGCCUAACAG